AUGAUCAGAGACUUUUUUNUUAACAAUGUACCUUCUCAGCCUCAUCGUUGGGCUCAGAAAUAUUAUGUGCCCUAUGCUAAUGACCCUGCUGCUAUACGGAAGCUCCUCCAUUGGGAUGCAGCUUAUGCUGAUCCAGGAAGAUAUAUUGGUGAUUACAGAGCUGAUUGGGGCUCAAUGAGUUUCCUCAGUGAGUUCUUGAGGCCUAGUUACUCGGAAGGGUCUUCUUGGUUUGCUCUACUAAAGAAAGCUGGAGGUGGUUGUAAUGACCUCUUGUAUAGUGGUCACAUGCUUGUAGCUGUCUUAACCGCUAUGGCUUGGACGGAGGCUUAUGGAGGUUUCUCUUCGGCAAUGAUAUGGUUGUUCGUGGCUCACAGCGCGCAGAGAGAAAUACGAGAGCGCCACCAUUACACGGUAGACUGCAUCGUGGCGAUUUACGUUGGCAUCCUUCUCUGGAAAAUGACGGGUUUCAUCUGGUCAGACAAAAAGAAAACGAAGCAGACACAACUAGAGAAGAUUCAGAACAGGCUAAUCCACGCAGCAAAGGAUUCGGACAUGGAAGCUGUAAGGAGACUUGUUGAGGACAUGGAGGUUAGCUCUGGGGAAAAGAAGCAGAGUAAAGCCGUCUCGAACCGGACAAUGACUGUGUUUGCGUGUGCGACAGUGAUCACAACACUUACUAUAGUGAUUCUGGCGUUGACUUUGACAAGCGACGGCUAAAAGAGAGUUGAACUAAGAAGGAUAGUUAUAUUUCCACGUUUUUCUACAAUCUUGUUUUCUCUGUUUAUCGUUUACAAGUGUCAUUAAAAAUUUUGUGCUA